AUGCUGCAGCAGAUCUUUUCGUUGUCCCGGGAGCGGAGAGAAAAUCGAUUGAGAGCUGACGAUGAGGAUGAGAUACUCGCUUGGAUAGAUUAUUGUAUUGCCAAACGCUUAGGACCAGUUGCAUUCGAGAAGUCCAUCGUGGCUCACCUCAGUCACAGCCGCCAAAGGGACUUCACUUUCCAACAGAUCGAUGCCAGAGUCAAAAAUUGGUGGAAGGCGCCAACCAAUCUCAGUCGGCCAAAUGGAGAAACCUAUUCAGGUUAUACAAUCGUGUAUCGCAUUGGAACCAAGGCUUUGCGCGGAGGAGCAUUCAACGACGAAAGAGCUCAAUCCGUCAAGGCUCGAGUGCAGCAAUUGAUGAAGCAGCCUGUGCCCGAAUAUGCCAGGCCGAGCUCACAGAGCGCACGACAAAAACGAAAAGCCGAGCAUACCAGCAUUGGUGACAUAGUUGCCAAACGUCUCUUCAAACAAACAAAGAGAUCUCACCCAAACUCCCGUGCGGAUAGCGUCGACGUACCAGGAAAGUCUCCCAGAAACUCCAUAUCUGUACAGAUCCCUGCAACUCCGAGCAAACCGGCGGAGGAUGCCCACGGGCGGCGAAAUAGUCGAGCUCAUUCUACGGUUCCUAAGCGCGAGCACUCCAGAACUCUAAGCUCACCUACUGCGUCGCUACUUAGCGACUUCAUCGACGACUCACAGUCUCCGAGUGCGAGCUGGUGUAUAGCAGACUCAGAAGUCUUCCUUACGCCCCCCAGAGACGUAGUUCAGCCGAUUAGUACGCGCAUAUCUCCAUCUCCACUUAUCACAUCUGUUGAAAAUUCUUCAUCAUGCAGCCUGAGCGAGUGCGGGAGAGUUCGACAACUGCUUUCAGACCGUGGAAGAGACCUGCAGCAUCUUCGUGGGAAACUAUCCGACGCUUACCGCACAAUCGAUGAACUGAAAACUCAGUUGGCAUCUGAAGAACACAGACGUGCUAUAUGCAAGAACGCUGGGGAAGCUCCAACACAGGAAACCCUUAGAGGCUACCUCGCCGAGAUUGAAAUUUUGCGAUCCCAGCUCUUCGAUAAGGAGGUCUUUCGCCCUUUCACAACGCGAAAUAUCAGUAAACACAUGCCAUUCGACAGGGAAUAUUUCCAUGACAGCAUGGUUGAUAUCAGGAAUGAGAUAGAUGACUUCAUGUGUCGCUGCGGCGAGAUUCAAAGACCGUGUAAUGACAUCAACUUUGAGGAGGCGCCAGAUGACCUGAAGGCUUUGCUGCACCGUGUGCUCGGUGACUCUGGGGGUACUUUACAGGCGAUCUCCUUCCAUUCACUUCUCAGGUCGAUCUUAUCUGCAGCUGUAUGCGAAUGGGUGUUAGAAUGCGACGUCCGGGAGCCCAUGAUUACUGGCUGCCUAAUGUGUGACACCAUGCUGUCGCAUCUUACCACUAUGGAUGGCGAAGAUGUCGCUCGAAACCUUGACCUUGCUGUGCAUCACAGCCUGAUUGAAAGCGAAGACUUCCAACAAGAGGUGAUUCCUCGUCGAGCCGAAGCUCUUGCGAUGCGCCUGUCUGAAAGAGUGAAGCCAUUGUUCGGGCUGCAAAAUCCCUUGGACCUGUGGGAAGUAGACAUCCUCGAGGAGUGGCAGCAACAGCGGCCACAACUGAAAAAGAUAUUUAUCUCGGCUCUCAAAGUCAAGACAAAGGCGUUGGUGAGCAAAGAUAUCUUCGAAGUGAUUUUCCCUUUACCAGGAUGUAAGUAUGACCCAAAGCACAUGGAAUCUGAAAGGCUUGAGCAAGACAAUGGGAGCUCUGAGCUGGGGCAAAGUCCAAUUGUACGACUCUGCCUGGUGCCCGGACUCAGAAAGUUUGCCUUCGACAAGAAGCAUGUGGAUUAUAAUAGCUUCAGAAGACCGUCUCCUAGCUUUGCGGAGCCAGGAGAUGGGAUCGUGGGCCCACUGGUGAUAGUUGAAUAG